CUAAGACACUCAACUACAAAGUACAAAGAGUGUGGCGACUAGCGACAUAUUUAGACUAUCAGUUAUCUCAGUUGUUCCGUUCCGUUGCCACUCCAUUCUCCUUACCACCCAAAUUUCCCUCGCCUUCUUCGCUCCUCACAGUUACCGUUUCCCGCUGACUCUCACUCUCUCCGACUCUCCCCACUCUUCGCAGCUCUCUCUAUCCUACGCUCCACUUCCUCAUCGCAUACAAAAACUCCCUUCAAUCCCUUCUCCCCUUUCCUCAUCACCAACCUGUAAAUUACUAGACCGGAAAGAAAGAAGAAAACAGAGGAAACCCCCUCCCCCCCCCAAUAUUUGCCCGGGAACUCGCCCUCGCCCCCUCAGAUGGAUAGGUACCAGAGGGUGGAGAAGCCCAAGGCUGAGACCCCAAUAAACGAGAACGAGAUUCGAAUCACUACUCAAGGCCGCAUGCGGAAUUACAUCAGCUACGCCACCGCUCUUCUCCAGGAGAAAGGGUCGAGUGAGAUUGUGCUUAAAGCAAUGGGCAGAGCUAUCAACAAGACUGUGAUGAUCGCUGAGUUAAUCAAGAGGAGGAUUGUUGGUCUACAUCAGAACACUUGUAUUGGAUCAACUGAUAUAACUGAUACGUGGGAGCCACUAGAAGAAGGCCUUCUUCCUCUGGAAACUACCCGGCAUGUUUCGAUGAUCACAAUCACUUUGUCGAAGAAGGAGCUCGAUACAUCCUCCCCAGGGUAUCAACCUCCUAUCCCAAUUGAACAAGUGAAACCAAUUAAUGAAAUCGCAGAUGAUGGAGAAGGAUCACCAAUGAUGCGAGGUAGGGGGCGUGGUAGAGGGGGAGGAAGAGGCCGAGGUCGAGUCAAUUACAACAGUGUAGGUGACUAUAAUGGCGGUGAUAGUUGGGAUGAUGAGCACGAUUAUGGAGGAAGAGGGCGAGGCCGCCCAAGAGGUGGUCGUUUCUUCCGAGGGCGAGGGCGUGGUAGAGGAAGAGGGAGAGGCUACGGUGGUGGUCAGCAAGGAGGAGGGUACUAUGACAACUAUGGUGAACCUGAAACCUAUGUACCCCAAGUUCGUGAGUUCCCCCUAGAAGUUGGCCACUCUUUUCUCCCCCUAGGCGUGGACGUGGAAGGGGGAGGGGACGUGGACGUGGUGGUGGUCGUAGUAGCUACGCAAGACUCGAUGGUCCAGUCCAAGCACCAGCAGCCUGAGGUAGACACGGUAACCAGUUCGCCAAUGUAGUAGUUUGGUGGGUGCCCUGCUCUCUACUAUACAGCAUCUUCCAUGGGGAUGAUGUUCUUAUGGCAAGCACAUGUCUCCCCUUUUAUAAUGGUCUAUCUCUUUUGGGUACCCUGAGUAGCAUCGAAGUACUGGGUUUUUUUUUUGGGGCUACAGUGGUGCUUGCAGAUUUUGCCUCUGGUUUUUUCUUUCUUUUAGAACAAGGCAGUAGACAGGAAACUUGUACAUCUUUAUCUUCCCAUUUUUCAUCUUCCUUACCAUUUUUGUGGAAAUUUUCAUUAGGAAUAAUAGAUAGAGCAGUUGGUAUAUCAUUAAUUCUUUCAAGAACAGGGGAAACUUGUUGUUCAAGCAACUAUGGCGAGUGCAUGCUGAUUUUGCCCCUCUCUCUUGCGUACUGAACAUACGAUUUUGUUCUUGAGAAAAUGAGGCGCCCAAUCAUCACAUUAUGAUUACAGACUACACAGUUCAGGGUCAAGUGAGCCAAGUCGAUC